AUGGGAGCGAAGAGGAAAAAAAACCCGCGAUCAAAGGAGAGGAAGAACAGUCGACUGGGAGCGAGAGGGAGACUGGAGCGAGAGGACCCAGCCCAUGGUGACCGGCCUGCGCCCGCUCCCGUGAGCGCGACCCGCUUGCGUGACGCCCUGGCGGUCCCCCCUGCUCGUCGCCUCCCUGCUCUCCCCGUCGCGCCUCGGCUGAGCGCCCCGCGUGCGCGCGCGCCACCCCACCCCCCCCUGCUCUUCGCCUCCGCGCGCGCUGCUGCCCAUCUCGAGCCCCUCUCUCGCGCUGCCCGCGCGCCCCGCGUCUCUGUCUCGUCCGCGCUGUCCCCGCUCUUCGGUAGCGCGCCUCGCCCCGGCGUUGUCUCGCUCCCUCUCCCCCUCGCGCGCGCGCCAUUCGCUCCCGAGACGCCGAGCGCUCCCAGCGCGAAGACGUGA